AUGCGCCUGCAAUCCCUCCUCUACCUCCCGACAGCGCUCGCCGCCUCCCUGACCCUCCAGAUCCCUUCCUCCCCGGCCCUCCCGAACCCGUACACUCUCCCGCCCUCGACCCGCGCGAGCCUCUCGGCCCUCGGCGCCUCCUUCACCGCGCCGCUCUCGGUACAAAACACCUUCGUCUUCAACAACGUCACGGCGCCCGGAUCCUACCUCGUCGACGUCCACUGCGCGACGCACGCCUUCGCGCCCCUGCGCCUCGACGUCGCCGAGGACGGCACCCUCGCCGCGUGGGAGACGUACCGCGGCAACGACUGGGACAACAAGGGCGAGGUGUACGUCUCCAGGGAGUUCGAGAACGGCGCCAAGGGCUUCGAGGUGCGGGUCCUCGGCGGCAAGAACUACUUUGUCGAGAGGAGCAAGUUUUCCGUCUUCACCAUACUCAAGAACCCCAUGAUCCUCCUGGGUCUCGUCAGCAUGGGAAUCUUCAUCGGCAUGCCCUACCUCAUGGAUAACAUGGACCCCGAGAUGCGCGCCGAAUUCGAAGAGCGCCAGAAGAGCAACCCCAUGAACUCCCUCCUUGGCGGCGGUGGCGGUCAACCUGGUGCGAACCCUAUGGGUAACUUCGACAUGGCCGCCUUCCUUGCGGGAUCUGGCGGUGAGAAGAGCGAGGGUUCUGCGCCUGCUCCGUCGAGCGGCGGCGGCGGCGGUAGUGGUAAGAAGGAGAAGGGCGGGCGGAGGUAG